AAACGCCUCAGUCAGUCCUGGUUGGAUGGAAUAACUUUUCUUUCCGUUUCAUCUACUGUUAAAGUUUUGGUCGCAGUGCACGGUUAAAUCAGUGAAAGUCUUGUUCUUUGUUUGCAUUUACAGUGAUCUCAUUUUACUGUAGCUGGAUGAUAAAACUCCCGCACUGUCUUGAUGAGUCUAAAGUCUGAUUAAGGUGUGUUUUGUCCUGAAGCAGUUUGAGGCUGAGCGCCGUCAGACAAGCAACCCGUUCCUCUUUUCUACGUUUUUCUUUUUGUUCAGGAACAUGAAGCUGAUCAUCCUCAAUGACUACGACCAGGCAAGCGAAUGGGCUGCAAAGUACAUUAGAAACAAGGUUUUACAGUUUAAACCUAGUCCGGACAGAUACUUCACCCUGGGACUCCCCACGGGAAGCACUCCUUUGGGAUGCUACAAAAAACUGAUUGAGUACUACAAGAAGGGAGAAAUCUCAUUCCAGUAUGUCAAGACUUUCAACAUGGACGAAUAUGUAGGAAUUGCCAGAGAUCACCCUGAGAGCUACCACUCCUUCAUGUGGAAUAACUUCUUCAAGCACAUAGACAUAAAGGCAGAGAACACACACAUCCUAGAUGGCAACGCUGCCGACCUGGAAGCAGAAUGCGUCGCCUUUGAGGAGAAGAUUACAGCCGCUGGAGGCAUCCAGCUCUUUGUCGGAGGUAUUGGACCGGAUGGCCACAUUGCCUUUAACGAACCUGGUUCAAGCCUGGUUUCCAGGACCAGGGUGAAGACCCUGGCAAAGGACACUAUCAUGGCUAACGCCCGAUUCUUUGAUGGGGAUCUGUCAAAGGUGCCCACCAUGGCGCUGACUGUAGGAGUGGGCACUGUCAUGGAUGCAAAAGAGGUGUUGAUUCUCAUCACUGGAGCACACAAGGCCUUUGCUUUAUACAAAGCUAUAGAGGAAGGCGUGAAUCACAUGUGGACAGUGUCUGCGUUCCAGCAGCACCCACAGACUGUUUUUGUAUGUGACGAAGACGCCACCCUGGAACUGCGGGUCAAAACAGUGAAGUACUUCAAAGGGAUGAUGCACGUGCAUAACAAGCUGGUGGAACCUCCAUCAGGAUCCAAGAAGUGAAGAGUUGUCUCCAGACUUUGUUGAUUUACGUGGCAUUUCAGAAAAGAAAUUAAUACUCUAAUGAUUC